AUGAUUGAAAAGAUUCGUAUAAAUAGAACGAGACAAAAGCUACUCGUAUAUGUCUGCCUUGUCAUUUGGUUAAUUGGUAUUAAUCUUUGGCUCUUCAAAAGUCAUCCUAUUUCAGGUUUCAGAAAAGCUUCUUCAGUCGCACAUUCAAUUUACGACCAAUAUUCUGAUGAAGUUGUAUAUGGUCAACAAUCAUAUAAUGAGAAUACUGAUGAAGACAAUAAGAAUGAACAACAGAAACACGUUAAGACAAUGUAUAAGGAUGCUUUCUUCCAAUUAUUAACUAAACAACUGAAGAUCAAAGAUCAUAGAAAUAUUCAAGAUGCUCAUUCUCAAACUUAUGAUUCGAUAUUUAAGAAUCAUGAAAUAUCGUCAGUGGUUGGUAAUCUUGAUUUUAAUGAACGUUGUCAAUUAUAUUUCCAAAACGUAUUUAUUGAUGAUCAUAAUUGGUUAUUUAAUCCAAAUGAAAAAAUUAAACUUGAAAAUAAAGAUCAAUUCAAACUUGAAGAUUUCAAAAAGGAUAAAGAAGGUGAUUUAAAGUCAGAUUUUGCUUCCAAGAAGGGAAUCAAAACAGAUGAUGUUAAAGUUGAUAGUGACGAAUUUAGAGCAUUCGCCAAAGAGAAAUAUGACGAAUUCUGGAAUGAAACUAUGGUGUAUGAACAAAAAAUUGUUGACACUUUAUCUACUUUUAGAAUCUUUAACAAAUGUUUCAUUACGAAUGACAACCAAACCCAAGUUACUGCCAAUGAGCAUUUCAUUCAAAAACAACAUCAGUUUGUUAAAGCUCUUAAACUGUCAGGUGUCGCUUCUACUGGUUUAACUCCGUUUGAAGCCACCCACAAAGAAACUUUGAUUGAUCUCACCCGUUCAAACUUCGAACAUAGAGUUUAUCCUUGGCUAUCGUUUGAACCACCUGUAUAUGAAGACUGGCGUGGACAUAUUUAUCAUAGUCCUCCCGAUUUGAAUGCUAUCAAGAAGAUGAAACCUCAAAAAGCAUUCCCACGUAAGAAUUUUCAAUUUUUCUUAAAGCUGUUCAAGGAAGCUUGUAAUGGAAAAGGUAUUGUGUUAUCUAUUGGUGAUCAACAUGUUGAUGAUACUAUCAAGUUGAUUCACUUAUUACGUGCUUUAAAUAACAAGUUACCUAUUCAAAUUGUUUACUACGAUAAUUUAACAACUGAUACCAAGAAGAAAAUAGUUACGGCUGCCAGAGAAAAGAUUUUUGCAUUACCUAAAUCAUUUCAAAAAGUUGCUGAUCAAUUCCCCGAUGAUUAUCUUAGUCCUGAAGAUAGCGGGUUACCUAAGCAAGAAGUUUGGUUCGUUAACACAUAUAAUGUUAUUCAUAAUGAUUUCAAAGAUAAAUUCCAGAAAUUUGCGAAUAAAUUCUUAGCCACUUUAUUUAAUUCAUUUGAAGAAUUCAUGUUAAUCGAUGCUGAUACUAUUUUAUUCCAAAAUCCAGAAUUUUUCUUUAAUUUAAAAGGAUAUAAAGAAACCGGGACAUAUUUCUACAGAGAUAGAACUGCUGAUACCAGACAUCGUGAUUCCGAUGCUUAUUUCUUCAAGAAAAUUACUCCAUCUGUGAUCGAUCAAGUUAUGUUCAAUAUCCCAAUAAUCACCUCUCAUACCCUCAAUCGUGAAUUUUUCAAAGAUGGAGAAUUCCACUAUAUGGAAUCGGGAUUAGUAGUUUUGAAUAGAGAUAGACAUUUCAGUUCCAUAUUGUUGAUGUUACAAAUGUAUUUCUUCCAUCCAGUUGCUGAACGUAUUCAUGGAGACAAGGAAGUUUUCUGGCUUGCUAUGGCAGCUAAUGGUGAUGAAAGUUAUCAUUUCAAUGAUUAUUUCGCUGCUGCUAUUGGGCAAGUCACCCCACAAGAAUUUAGACAAAGAAAAGAUGGUCAUAAUCGAUACUCAUUAGAAAUUUGUUCUCCACAUCCUGGUCACAUCGAUUCCGAAGAUGGUAAAUCAUUGGUAUGGAUGAAUUCUGGUUUCCAAUACUGUGGACAAGCUGAUAUUAUCGAUUAUAAGAAAGAAGCAGACAAGAAAACUAGAUUGAAAUGGUUAGAGAAUGAAGAUUCUUUCAAAACUUUCUAUUAUUCUCCUUUGAGAAUUACCCAUGCGAUCAUUCCACCUUUGGAUGUUGUUGCUGCUGAAAAUGUCGAAGAUGAACCAAGCACGGGUUGGCACAUGGAUGAGGAGUAUUGUAAUUCAUAUAUGUGGUGUGCAUAUUCGAGCAUUGGCGGUAAGACCAAGGAUGGGGGUAAUAAUAAAGUAGAUGGUAAAGUAUUUGAAUUUGAUCAAAAGGAUCAAGAUUUAUUUACAUAUUAUGGUGAUAUUUGGGUAGGAUUAGAAUAG